UGCUCAAGAAGGUAACACGAUACAUUAAGAGUCAGGGAGGUGUAAAUUAUUCUUUUUUCUCUGGGAAACAUGUAAACAUCUUAUGUAGCGUCUGAUGGGCAGUACUAAAGGGAAAAAAAAAUAAGAGAUUUAAAUAAAAUAACGACAAUUUACACUGAUCAUCCUGUUCAAAAGUACACAAAACAUAAAAACAGUCGUUGAUCAUCCGGGUAACAGCACGCAGUAUUAAGUAUCGAGUGUAUGUAAACGUUAUUAUUAUUAUUAUUAAAAAGAGAGCGCUUUUUUUUUUUUUUAAAAAAAGAGAACUGACACACUGGAGCCUCGGUGCAAACACAAUGAGGUCCAGUGCAUUUUCAGUGCUGAAUUUGAAACCUCUAUAAGCCUCCUGUUUGUUUUCAGGAGCUAAAUCUGGCAUAGCAUGUGGCUGCAUGUGCUGGCUUCUUGAAAUGCAGUACACACACACACACACUUACACACUUUUACAUUUUGGCAUAGGCUUAAAUUCCUUUAUGAAGCCAUGAAGUAGGCAUAGAGAUGAUUGUCACCAUUUUGGAAACGGGUAUUAGGGUAAUAUUAUUUGUAUAGGAGCAGUUACGAGAUUAAAUUCGGGUUCAGGAAUUAAGUUUAUAAAAUUGCAGCGGUGGCUUUAAGGUUUUCAGGUUCUGGGCUGGUACCGCAAGCUGCCUCUUUUGGGCCACUGAGCAAGACUCCUCACAUCUUCAUUGUAAGUCAGGCAGGAUAUAAAUGUCUGCCGAAUGAAUAACUGUAAAUGAACAAUAGCUCAUAAUGAAACCAUAAAACCUAAUAAAAGUGCACAGACAAUGUGCUUAAAAAUAAAUCAAAUCAUAUAUAUGACUAAAAAAAUGUACGCGUUGAAUAAAACACUCGGUGUCAUGCUGUUAUAGAAAAAUAAUUAAUGAAGGGGUGGUGUGAUGACGCAGUUCCUGUUACCACCCGAAAAUGUAUUCUUUUCCAAAAAUGGCACGCUCUGAAGUGCUUCAUUCCUUUUAUACCACAGCAAUUUAAACUUUCAUUAAUUAAAGACCGACACAUCAGUCUUUUUAUCUGAUUAUAGUUAUGUUUAAUGUUGCGCAACAUCCACAAAAACAAGUCAUCAAGUUAUAAGUUCCUGUUAUCAUUUACGUUACAGCAGCUAUAAACAGUCGUUCCCUCACCAGCCGAGCGUUCUUCCUUCUCUUGAAGUUACUAAAACACAAAAACGCAGCUUAUCAUGUCACCGAGAAACCUCAAAGUAUAAACUCCUCUGUCCUGAAGUUGUCGGAAAACAUAAAAUGACAGCUUUACCACUGGAGACUCCUUACAUGAAUGUUAUAUAAACGUCUUCUUACAGAAAAUCUCACCAAAUCGACAAUCACGCACUUUUUCUAAUCAGUUUAUGUGUAAAUUCGUACUAAAGAAACGACAACAUAUUAGAACGGGAGCUUUAAAAGAGUAUAAACCUGUGAUUUGCAGCUCCACUACUAUCAGAGCUGCUGUUAUAGAAUGAUUUUUUUACAUUUAUUUUAAAUAGGCAACACCUUCUGACCAGUCAGGUUUGAGAAUUCAACAGCGCUGGGGUAUAAAUGAUAAUAAAUGAAUUGUAGCGCUGUAGAUAUAUGUGGGAUGUGGUUACUGGUGCCUGAGAGGCUGAGAACAGAGUGGUUACUGGUGCCUGAGAGGCUGAGAGAGAGAAAGAGAGAGAGAGAGAGAGAAAUAAGGGAGGGAGAAACUGUCAGAGAGAGGACUGAUAUAAGCAGCUCGCUGUAUAAAUGUUGAAUCCAGAUUCAUCCAAUUGAGACAUCCCACAUCUCAGCACUACAGGCGGGAUCACAAAAUGAAAGUAUUAAUCAUCGCAGUCGUUCUCCUGCUCGGGUUACGUAUGGGAGAUGCGAUUCCGUCGAACCGCUGGUCCUGCUACAAAAAGAUGCUGAAGGACAGAAACUGCCUUGAAAUUGGACUGGAGAGGAUGAGACCCAUCGACUCGCUACAGAACCAUUACUGGGAGGGCAGUGAGUGUGAUGUGGUGUGUUACUGUAACCUCUUCGAGCUGCUCUGCUGCCCCAGGGAUGUCUUCUUUGGAUCGAAAAUCUCCUUUGUGAUCCCAUGCAAAACGCCUGAAACCGGACUUUGAGUGGACUAAAUGUUGUUUAUGGCGACUGAAAGAUCUCUUCGAGACCUUUAACAUUCUGUUCUCCAACAUCUAGUUCCAAGUACCGAGUGAAAUGUAAAUCUGCUUUGUUGCUGUUUGUGCAUAAAAUAUCGUUCCUCUUUUAUGGCAGUGUGUCCCAUUCUGGAGGUAUAUUGUUCAUAUACUAACCCUAAUAUCAAUCUAAACCCUGUUCUAACCAAGAUAUGCUUAUAUGCGGUUUAGUUUAUUAGACCCAGGUGUGCUGCACGAGGAUGAGUUCUUUAAAUAGUGGCUAAGAUUAUGCUGUCCUGCCUUUAUAGGGGUUCAAUUCUCAAAUCAACUCAAACAUGUAGACCUUACAGAAAUGACCAUUAAAGUCAUUUCUACAAUCCAUUUAAAUGGUGCAACCCAGUAAAAAACAGACAGUGCUAUAAUUAGGUAUGGGGUAUUGUGCUCAGGAUGACGCUUGUCCAAUUUCAGACAAUGCCGCUUUGAAGGAUUCAUUACACAUUUGAUAAAUAUAAAGCAUUGAAAUGUAUAAACGUUAUUAAAUAAA